GGCACCGCAGAAAACGGCGCGGAUUCUUACCGCCCCUCGUCUCCGCCGCCAUCGUAGCUUCUCAGUUCCGUCUCCAAGGGUCGCCAUGGAGCUUGAUCUCCCACCACAACAGGUCCCGCAGCUCACAGACCUCGCCGCCGCCAUCCACCGCGCAGCGGCUGCCGCUACUGCGCUCUCCACGCCCUCUCCGUCCUCCCACGCCGCCGCCGUGGUGGCCGCCCUCCGCGACGCCCACUCCGCCAUCGGCUCCUUCCUCUCCAGACUCGACGCGGCCGCCGCGUUGUCCUUCGACGAUCAGCCCAUGGCGGAGGGCGGCCAGGAGCCGGAGGAAGAUGGGGAGGGGGAGCACAUGGUCGGGGAAGUGGAGGAGGGGCUCCGGGACUGCGUCCUGCAGGGGAGCAAGAGGCGGAAGCGGCCCGUGCCGCCGUCGUGGCCCCUAGGACGCCAGUAA